ACUUCCAGAGAACAAAAUUUAUUUUCCCGCUGCCCUGCCGGUUGUAGACUUCUGCGCUUUCAUAUUUCGAGGUUAGUCUGCUGUUUGGGUAUUAGUCAGCCCUGAUUUCUAUCAGACAACACCGUGAACUAUGGGGACGUGCUCAGCUUUAAAUUGCAAUAAUCGUUCCGAUGGGAAACCCCUGAGCGAUGGCACAAAAGUAAGAAUGUUUAGAUUUCCUGCCGAUCCAGUGAGAAGAAAGAAGUGGUUGAUCAACAUGAGACGUCGACACUUUGCGCCUAGAAAAUAUAGUGCUCUAUGCCAGGUUCAUUUUGAAAUAACCCAGUUUGAGCUGCGACGAGCUGAUGGAAAAAAGAAAUUGAAGCUAAAUGCAGUUCCAACUAUUUUUGAUCAUACUGGUUCAUCCACUUAUACAGCAGAAAAACCAAGAAUUAGAAGCAGUUCGAAACAAUUAAAGACGGAUUUACGAGAUCCUGAUUAUGUAAAGAUAAAAAGGAGAUUGUCAAGGAGGAAAACAGCUAGGAAACAGAAAAAAGAAUCAAUGGAAGUUGAAACACCGAUUGUAAAACUAGAGCCAGUGCCUGAUGACGGCGCAUUACCAGUCAGUGAUGCGAGUAAAAACAAUCUUAAUGUUCAAACUCUUGAACUUGUUGAAAUACUCGACACUGGGAUUCAUAAACAAUCUUCAAUUUGUGAAAACUGUGAAUUGUUGAAAAAUGAAAAUAUAUCGUUAACAAAUGAUUCUGAAGUAUUGAAGAAAGAAAAUGAAACGUUAAACACAGAAAAUGGAAAACUAAAAAAUGAGGUCUCCGUUCUCCAAAAGCAACUCAUGUUCUUGGAUUUAGCGUUGAAAGAAUAUUUGAAUGAAGAACAACAAAAAUUAUUUCACGUUAUUGCAAAGACUGUUGAAUAUGAGUGGGAGGAUGAUUGACGAUGGAAAAGAGAAUGCUGCCAACUAGUGGACAAACCUGGUUUGCUGUGUUAGGAACGUGAUCGCCAUCACUAAUUAGUCAUUACAAGUCCAUGCAUUUGAUGGCGCUCCGGAAGUAUUCAGACCAAGAUUAUUCUCCCCUGGGAUAAUAUAAAAACCAUAUUCCAUCCACUGUUGAAAACCAGAUAGUGAUUGGAGACCGGGGACUUAUCGAUCUUCCGUAUGUUUCAUAUUUUACGCUAUCGAAAGUUGGGACAUUGAUAACUCGUUAAUUAUACGACAUAAUUCAUCUAGAAUCAUAGGCUUCUGGUCCGAGGUAUGAUGAAUGGAACAGAUUCAACCUCGCUUUCGUGAGAUAUUGUGUAACAUACGAAAGUGUGUAACAGUCAAAUAUGUAUCAACAUACUUACCGACCGAGAUCGAUAAGUAAUGAGUGAGGGGGGGAGGUGAUUGACAAGAAAAUAGGCUGCCCUCUAGUGGAAAAAUCAGGUUGUGUUUCAUUGUGGUGACUGGCUUGCCAUUGCACCUUUCUAUCAUCAUUCAUUGAUUAUGGAUUACUUUUCCUUCCAAAUCCAUGAUAAACUGGUUAACCGCACCACACCACGAGACUGGAAAAUAUUCUAAUAAAACUUCAAGUAAACUCACCAUAUUUCAAUAUUCCACUUCGAAACUUGACAAUUUAUUUAAGUUGCAAUAUUUUUACUUUUAAUAAAAAAGACUGUCUAUA